AAAUCAUAGAUUUAUGCAUUUCAUCACAUGGACAUCACAUAGCGUCUUAUUGUAUUCCUGCGAGUCAUCGCUAAUAAGCAAUUUGUCAUUUAAUCUGAAGCAACCUCUCGAGACAUCAAGAGUAGGAAAAUAUAUUCCCUCCUACGAAGAAGAGACCGCGAUAGAAACAGGCUUCUAAUUAAACGGAGAAAAGAGAAACUCGUCGUAAAUCAAGAAAAAGGAAAAAGAGAAAGAGAGAGGAAUGUAGAAGCGAUUGUCGAAGAACGACGAAAUCGACCUCGAAGAGACGGAAGCAGGAGGGAGAGAACUGGAGAGACUAAAAGGAGGGGGAUAGAUCGAGUGAGUCAGUGAUGGCGUGCAGCAGCAACCCAGGCCGAGCCCAGCUGUUCCUCGGAUCCCCUAACUUACGCCAGUUUAUUUCAGCCACUAACACUACGAGGUCUCUGCCGCUCGUGAUCCGUGAACCUACCGAGGCUGCCCAGCCUCGUUAACGGCGUAGCUCCUGGUGCUCUUUACGCGCUUCCGUCAUCUCGAUGACGAUAGGAAUAGUACCGAUGACGGAAGGAAAGGCCAGGACGACGAGGGGGAAUCGCGCUUCACUCACGAUCGAGACCGAUUUCCGAUAUCAUCAUCUUGACGUUUGCGAGACGCGACACGCGCCAGCUGUUCGUCGAUCGCGCGUCUGUGUGCGUAUGUACUCGAAUUCUGCUUCUAUCAUAAAAACAUCCCUCAUCGGUUCUUCACGAAACACUGAUUCUCUCGUCCCAUCUAAGCCAUUGAUUGUACUUGUGUCGCGGAUGAAAAGAAGGAUGCAGGGACGCGACGAGGGGGUGAGGUGUAAUCUACGGUGACUAGAUGCGCGACUAAUUGCACUUGCAGAGUACAUCCGCGAUAUACAUAGCUAAGGUGGGAGAGAAGAGACGCGCUGCGUCAAGGAUACUCAUGGACCGCAAUGGCAGCUGCGGCGGUGGCGGCGGUGGCUGAAAUGCCAGAGGGACAUUUUGAAAAUCUUUGGUUCGGCGCAUGCGUCCCGGCCUCCGAUGGAGCGCGAUGGACCCGUUGUCGUCUCUGAACCGCUGCUGUUAGAAGAAACGAUUCGCGUCGAGAGGAAACUACGCAUCUUCGACGACGCCGAAAGUCGGGGAUCCUCGAAUUCCCGGUGCUCAACGGAUCGGCAAAUAAUCAGUGCGUAGUGAGUGAACGUCAUUGGUCUCACGAGAUAAACAAUCGUCUGCUCUCGUUUCGAUACGAUCGAUAGCGAGAAAGAUUUUUCCAGAGAGUGAGAGAGAGAGAGAGAGAAGUGCCACCCGAUAGAAAGAGAGAGAGAGAGAGAGAGAGGAGUGCGUGUUUCCCCGAGGUGUUCGAUCGUUGCGACAAUUUUCAAUGCGCGUCUCAUGCGAAUGUCGAGACUGGCAGAGACGAACGAGACUGAACGAGUGAAUGUUCCAUGAAACUGAAUUGGAGACGCGGCGAGAGAUGCCGGGUGAAAAUCGCGACCAGCUGGCGAGAAGCGCAGGAGGAAGCGCACCAGGAGGACCUCGCAGAGAGUCCUCGAGGGGUGGCGAGCCGGAUCCUCGUAAUCGCGGAUUAACCACGACGAUGAUUCCGCUUCCGCGCACCGGCCAGUUCGCGGCCGUCUCGCAGAAUCAGAAGAUCGUCAAGACGGAGAAGAAUCGGUUGAGGCUCAUCUUGGAGAGUCGUGGGACCGUCAACAAGGAGCGGAGGAUUGGCAUGCAAGAGGAGGAGGAAGAAGAGGAGCAAGUGUCGCGGAAUAAUUGGCAAGUGUCGGCCGCCAAUUGCUCGACUAUUGCGCGAUUCAACGAAGAAUCCGGCAUUUCUUAUCGGAAGGGAAAGGAGAACGCGGAUAUCCGGCGAGACAGAUUGCGCGCGACGGAGGGCCGCGUGCUGUGCGGUUCGGCGGCGAGCGUCGGGGUGGAAGGCGUCGGCGGCGCGUGGGGUGCCCAGAGACGGCAGUCGCCGCCGCCCCUGGCAUCGCGCAGGCUGGAGUCGGCCGCUGACGCCGUCGUCGCCGCCGCCGCCGCAGCAGCAGUAGCCACAACAGCAGCGUCCUUCAACCCCGUCACGCAGAGAUGUGCGAAGAAGGGCGCCGUCGAUGCCGUCGCGCCGAGACGGAUCUACCCGGGUCCUCCUCUCGUCGCUGAGACCAGUAAGGAGGAUGCCAUGGAGCCGGAGGCCAAGGAGGAGGACGAGCGACGCUCGUCGACGCCGAGUCCCGAGUUCUACUUGAGGAGAAGUAAACGUUACAACGAGGAUGGCAGUAGCGAGGAGGAAACUAAGCAAGAUAGCAUCUCUCUGCCCAACCACAGGCUGCCGUCUUCGUACCGCGGAACGUGGCCCAUCAGAAGAGACGUAUGGGCUAAUCAGCAGAUUGGCUUUCCGGCCCAGCAGAGCACAUCACUCGCUGCGCACAAUGACGUGGCCAGCGUGAUGAGUUUCUCGUCAUCUUCAAAUUCCGCGGGUCUUGACAGCCACUCCGUGGAAUUGCAAGGCCACCGACGACUGGGUGCCAAGGUAGACGUGGUUUACAACCUGUUGGGAAUGCUAGAGAAGAACGGUCGGGAUGACAUGAGCACCACUCUGCUUUCCAUGAGUACUUCUUUAGAUAGCUGUCUGGUGAUGAGGCAAUCCGGAUGCCUGCCUCUGCUCGUGCAGUUGAUUCACGCGCCCAGACAGGAUCCAGAUACGCGGGACAGAGCUAUGCAAGCAUUGCACAACGUGGUGCACGCCAAGAGUGACGAGAGAGCCGGUCGUCGUGAGGCGCGGGUGCUUCGGUUCCUCGAACAGCUGCGCGAUUAUUGUCAGAGUCUAAGAAUGUCCUUGGAAAGAGGUCAGUCCAUGGAUGACCUGGAGAGAGGACAUCCCGCAGCAACGAUAGCCGCGCUCAUGAAAUUGUCCUUCGACGAGGCUCACCGUCACGCCAUGUGUCAACUGGGUGGUCUUCACGCGGUCGCGGAACUCAUCGAGAUGGAUCACUUGGCGCACGGUAGCGAGAGCGACGACCAGAACUGCAUCACGUUGCGACGAUAUGCAGGAAUGGCAUUGACCAACUUGACUUUCGGCGACGGCAACAACAAGGCGCUACUCUGCUCCUUCAAGGAAUUUAUGAAGGCUUUGGUAUCGCAGCUGAAAAGUCCUAGCGACGAUCUUAGACAAGUGACGGCGAGUGUUUUGAGAAACUUGUCCUGGCGCGCCGACAGCAGCAGUAAGCAGACCCUGAGAGAAGUAGGAGCGGUGACGGGUCUAAUGAAAGCCGCCAUGGAAGGUCGCAAAGAAUCCACUCUGAAAUCUAUACUAUCCGCUUUGUGGAAUCUUUCAGCUCAUUGCAGCACAAAUAAAGUGGAUAUAUGCGCCGUAGAUGGCGCACUGGCUUUUCUCGUCGACAUGCUGAGCUAUAAAGCGCCGUCCAAGACGCUCGCGAUAGUCGAGAACGCCGGCGGUAUCCUUAGGAACGUGUCGAGUCACGUGGCAGUGCGAGAAGAUUAUCGAGCUAUCGUGAGGGAGAGAGGUUGCUUGCAGGUUCUCCUGCAGCAGUUAAGAUCACCCAGUUUGACCGUGGUCAGCAACGCCUGCGGAGCACUCUGGAAUCUAUCCGCGAGGUGUCCUCAGGAUCAGCGUCUCCUUUGGGAUCUGGGAGCUGUGCCGAUGUUGCGUAGUCUCGUCCAUUCCAAGCAUAAGAUGAUCUCGAUGGGUUCUAGCGCGGCCUUGAAGAAUCUAUUGAGCGCUAGACCCGGUUGUAAUAAUCUCGUUCAUUUGGAUUCCACCGCGCGAGGACUUGGAUUAUCGACCCUGCCAAGUCUAGCUGCUCGCAGACAACGGGCUCUAGAGCAAGAAAUCGAUCAGAAUCUAGCCGAGACUUGCGACAACAUUGAACCGAGUACAUCGCCGAUCAACAAAGACGACAAGUUCACAUUCAAACUCGAUCAUAGUUUCCUCGGCAUCAAUACCCAUGGUCUGCGCACUUAUCAGUUACACAGUCAGCCCAGCACGUCUACCGUCAAGUGUAAUGGAGUCGCCAGAAGCGAGAGUAGAGAUUCUAUGCGUUCAGUGACGAGCACGCACUCCGACACAAUGUUCGAGAGAGUGAAUCGUCACGUUCUGAAUGGUUCAUCACCUACCGAUUCGCAGAUGAAGCAGCAAUCUUCAUCGCUUCAUUCCGCGGUUGGAUUCGAGGGUGCGUGCGGCGAUACUCAUACAAAAGCCACUUCAUCCGAGAGAAAAUAUACCUUGCGUUACAAGAAUGCUAUACCUGAACGACUGAGACCAUCCGAUGGCUUUGACGUGAACGAACUGAGAUGCACGAAUUCUACUAUAUCGUGGGCUACAGCACCGAAUCAAGAACCAUCUCAGACCUCAUUACACUCUUCCAUCGAGAACAACAUGUCCCUGAUCGAUCAGAGCGCGUCGUCUUCGUCCAAAGCCGGCAGUCAAUCCAGUGUCUCCGAGGAAGCUGAACCGACCGUGUGCGCCAAGUCGGAUUAUCGACGAACAACCGCGAAAGCUAUCGAUAGCUCGAAGCAGGUUUCUUAUUUGCGUGAUAUUUCUCCUAUGAAAGAAAACGCAACUUUUAGCAACGUCUACGCGGAGAAGGCUCUGUUACGGCAACACGACACCCUGAACAACAUUCAGAAAGCGAUAUCGCCUACAAUCGAUCCGGACAAUAACCUGUUCGGCGAUUAUGCCGAAACGGAUUUAGAUCAGCCGACCGAUUACAGUCUGCGCUAUGGCGAGCAAACUAUAGAGGACGAGAAGCAACACUCCGGCUUUUUCUCGGCCAACGAUCAGGGACUUCUGCACGAGGACACGAUAAGAACUUAUUAUACGGAGGGAACGCCACGUGAGGCGUCCUUAAAUUCGUCCAGAGCUACUUCCGCUUCGGAUCUGCAGGACGAUAGUCGUAUGAGAAACCCGUCAAAAAAGUUAUCAGAACGAUAUAAGGUGAGGCAUGCCGAGGAUCAUGGUGAAUGCAAAGCGUCGUCCUUGACGGACGUGCCAAAAUUGAAUGACUUCGCCGAAUCGGUGACACCGUUGAAUUUGCGAGGCGCAACGCAUCUUACGGAUGACGAGAGUACAAAUCACUCAUUACCGUACCUUGAGGAAGAUUUAGGCAAGCAAAUCAAAACGAUUCAAGAAGACGUAUCCAUCCAAAACCAUUCAAGUGUAAGAACGACACCGAUUUCGAUGGUAUUAGGAAGCUCUGAAUAUAAUGAUGAUCACGAUGCAGAGUCCAGUUCUAGGAUUAUUAGUAUAGACUCCAAAUCAAAUGAUUGUAAAAUAAAUAAACCGUCGAGUGAUGUUGAAUUCUCUGAAUCUGGCAAUAAUACUGCUUUGAAGACUGCUAAUAACGAUUCAGGAUAUCAAGUUAGUGACGGAGAUGAAGAUGACGAGGAUCUAUUAGCCGCUUGCAUUAAUAUUGGAAUGCAAAAUAAUAGGCAUAGGCAUUCCUUCAUAGGGAAUAAUCUCGAGAAACUUCCUCGAUCAGAAAGUAAUCUGACUCGAUAUCAAACUAGUCUCGCUCUAGAUCAAGUCGAACAUAAUGGAACUGUAGAAUCUGAUACUUCAUUAUUUAAUAUAAAAUAUGCGGAAUCUCGUGAAACCACAGCUGGCAGUGACUUAUCAGAGAAAAAUAGAGACAAGAAGGAUAACGAAGAAAAUAUUCAAAUGGAAGCAGCUACAGUGAUGACAAAUAUGAAUCACGAAUACAUGUACAAUAUUGAGAAACCAAAUAAUGCUUCAGCCAUGACAAUAGUAAAUGAUGAUAAUUUUGAAAAUAAUUUCUCAGCGAUAACUGUAUUACAGAAACCUGACAUGUUCUUAAGUAAGAAUGUAUCCAAUAACUUUAGUGAAAAUGAUGAGCGGAAUACAGUUGAAAAAGACUGCAUUACACCAAUGGACGAGGCAACGGUCGAUGAUCAGAUUCCAACGGACAUUCCAUCAAUGAAGCAAUCAUUUACUAAAGAUUCCGAAAGUAGUGAAUCGAUUGACUCUGUCGAGCAAUCCGAGCAUGCUCUUCUAGAAUUGUGUAUUCAACCUAGUAUAAAAUCCGAAAGCAACAUCGCCAUCAAUCCAAGUAAUGCAGAGUACGUUAAAACGCAGCUAGAAUUAUACAAUAAACAAAUAGACUUCAUAAAAGGAAGAAAUCAUAUUUCCGAGGAACUCUCCGAGAUUGAUGGCAACAUGGAUGGAAAACCGGAAGCACCAUUUGAAAUUGUAAGGACUUCGGAUGUUUUGCAUCGCGAAAGCGCAGAAAAGCACAUAAAAGAAGAGACAUAUAGACGACAGAGAGAUCCCGACGCUAUGAUUGCUUCGUUGGAUCGAUUGACGGCAACGUUAGUUCAACAAACUGAAGCCAUACGCGAGAGAGAUUCCAGCACAAUGAAACAGAGCUUGACAUGCGACACGUGGAACGAGGAUUCUCCCAACGAUGUUUCUUUCCCCAGCAUCAGUAUAAGUGCACCGCUGGUCGCUUCGUUCAACAGCGAUGCACAAGAAGAUCAGCGUACUAACGUACUAGAGAACAAUGCGCAAGUCGAAAAUAACGAACAGACCGCCAUGACAGAAUCGAAAAUCAUUCAACGUGAGGCCAUUAAACUGGCGGAAGCUGUCGAUGCAGAGGUGAAUAAUCAGAACGAACUCGAGACGACGAGUUUGACGUCUAUUGAUCUCGAGGCGAUCAAACCGCCGUCCUCGAUGGGAAGUUUAUUAUCAUUGACCGCGAGCUACGCUGGCUCCGCUGACAACAGCGAAACAUUCGUCAACCGGGACAGGUGUUAUAGCACAUCUUUACCACCGGUUUCAACAAGAUGUUCCGCCGAUCCUCGCAAUGUGCGAAAAAAGUCUCUACCGCUCGGCGUAGUAGCUAAACGAGCGUUAGGUCAAAGUCAGAGUCACACAUCCAGUUUGGAGAAUCUGCUAAACGAGUGUACCAGCUCGCAUCUGGAGAAUGUUAAACCGCCAUCCAUGAUGGAUGAAUUGCCAGAUGUGGGCGACAUGGAAAAUAGCAUGGUCAGCGUAGCCAGCAUCACAUCGGAGAUCGCAGACUCGAAGGAGCAGGAUUCGCACAGUCUCACUGGUAGUGAUCCGGCGGUGUUCGAGAUGCUAAAGCCGGUCGCCAAUGUAUUAUCCAUGACGUGUAUGCGUUACGCCGAGGGUAUGCAGAGCAGCGCAAACAACAGUCUGAGUGAAUGUUUGGAGAACAUCAAUCCGCCGUCCUUAUUUAAUGAGGUGAGCGAAAUGGACGAGUCCACAAUGGAGGCGACUACUGAUACUCUGUGUAGCGACACUCUGUGCAUAGAAACGGAACUGCACACUGAUGAAGUGGUGCAUUCGAUCGUGGCGGAAGUGAUCGAUGAGGCAGAAAAUGAUACCGACGAGGCGGUCACUCCGAUUUCGUCCGAAUACUGCGUCAGCAGCUCGGCAGAAUCGACGCCGAAACGGCGCCCGCAUCUGAAGACUCAUUUGACCCCAAAGCAAAAACGGAACUUGACGAAAGAGAGAUAUAAGACUUAUACUAUCGCUGCGGAGAUUGUUAAGAAGGAACAGGAAGAACGCCGAAAGCAGGAUGGUACUUGCAACAAUGAGGAGGGUGAUAAAAUUCCACGUGAAAAAUACUCUCCCUUUUCGAAACUAACGCCAAAACAACGCAGGCAAGAAAAUAGAGCGAGAUUUCAGACACAAGUACUGGAGAAUCCCUUCCCGGAUCUGAAUUUAACUCAAACUAAUGAAGUGCAAGACUUAGUUUCGGCUAGGAAUUCCGUCGAAAAACAAGAAUCCACGUCUCCCAAUAAAUCCUCUAUUCCCACGCUCACCAAGUUACCUAUGUGCAGAGCGUUGAGGAAAAAACGCGGGAAUUCUCAAGAGAAUAAAGAACGAUAUCGCACAAGGACGUUGAACGAUUCGGAAACCAUGUUCAAAGAGGUCGAGCAUAAUUCCGUUUCGAACACCAAUGCAGCAGAAGAAGAACAAAUAAAUGCGCAAGAAUAUCAUGAGGAGAUUCAAACGAUGUUAGAGCAGAAUGCCACUAUCGUAUUAAACACACUGAAUGAAUCAAAUAAAACUAACGGAGAUGAUAUUUUGCGUUGCGAAACCGUCAAUUUGACGUCGCAUGAUUCUGAGUUGGAUCAUAAUUUAAGAAUGCGCUUUGUAAACGGACUUUCGAAGAAAUUGAUGAGCACUCAACAAGCUGACAACGCACAAACUCUCGCAACAAAUAUUGAUCAUGAAGAGGCAGAAGCCGAGUACAUGAAAAUCACUCGUGAGGAUCUGGGCUCAGCAGAUCCGAUUGAAUCAGGUAGCGAUGAAGAGUCCAACUGCGAUGAGGAAAAGGAACCAAGAGAGACAAAGAGGCCACGAAUAAUUAAGCCGGGAAUGCCAGGUCGAGAUCCGAGCGUGGAUUCCAAUGCAACGGAUAAAUCUGAGCCGGAAAGCCCAAAGGCGAUUCGAGGACGAAGGAAGGCGCUUUAUUCGAACCCAAUAACGCGAAAACCAACGCCGCAAUCGUCGCCGUUGAAGCAAGUCAAUCUUACCAGCGGGAUACCCAUAGGUCGUAGCAAUACCUCGCCCAUUGUCAGAGCUACCAGAGUCACCACUUUGCGACAGAAUAGUUUGACCGCUACGAAAGAUUCUCCGAAAUCCAACACGAGUCCAAAGCGAACUCCAUUUGUCGCGGACGCGGAUAAAAAGACGCGAAACUUGGCGACUAUGUCUAAAAGGGCCUCCGUACCUCAAAAGGGAUCCUCUUUGACUUUCACAAAAUCUACUAAACGUUACAGUACACCUCCGGCCUGCUCAUCGAAUUACCAAAACGAUAGUAGAUUACCAGAAGCUCCGAAGCCGUUAGAACGUCAAGGAACCUUUACAAAGGAUGAACCUGAAGUGGAGAACAUUCCAACAGUGCAUUCUGCGUCUGCUUCUCCAGUAAAGACGAAGAUCGCCAAACCAAUUAAAAGCUCUUCGUCAAAGAUAUAUCCGGCGACGGGAAAAUCUAAGAUCUCUGUGAAAGCGCAUCAAGCGUAUCAGCCGAAAAUGACGGCCAACAGUUCUGAAAAAAUACAAUCGCCUAAAGGACUAUUGGCGCCGAAGAAGAUGUCCUCUGGAAAGAUAAUUACGCCACCGAAAGUCCUUAAUGGUAAUGCGUCCCAGAACGACAAAACUUUCCGAAAGGUUGAUUCUCUCGGACAGCGAUCCAAUAGCAAUUCUAGCAUAGCCGCCAAUUCAUCUAUGGGCGUGCAAAAUCGUAAACUGGCAAAGGAAGCAACAAGCAAGAUUGCAAGUCUCUGGAAGAAGGUCGAGGAGACUAAGAACAAGCAGCGUUUCGAGAAACCAGACACCAGGCAAUGGAUAAGGCCAGCCAAUAGUACUACCGAAGUAGACGCUGCACCCAUUACCGCUACGACAUUCAGUAAGCCACCGGCGUACAAAUUGUUUCGCAGUUCUACGUUUGAGGGAAUCUCCCAGGAGGACAAUAGCGUCGAAACGUCACCCUACAAAUCCAAGUCCAGACCACCAGUCCUAGAUACGCAAGUAGGACUUGUUGGCCCCAAGUACAGAAACUCCUGCGACUUGACGGGCAUGAAUGCCAACGAGGCACCUUGCAAGAUCCCGGUGAAAUCGUCCGAAUCGUACAAGCGCGAGACGACGCAACUGGGCGACAGCGUGGUGACCAUGAGAAAGCAACAGAGCGCCGAGUUCGGAACGGAGACGGAUCCCACCAAGAGGAUAUCCAGGCUCGGCUCCUUCAUCCGAGUAGAUCCGGCAACGGCAGCGGAAAACGGCGUGCGGACACCAGCUUCGGCAAUCGUGCCGCCCUUCAACUACAAUCCAAAGCCAGACAUUCCAUCGCAAGCGGCCAAACCUAGGUCGGACGAGGAUCAAGGUAAAUUCGAGGUGACGGAUUGCCACGCGGAGAUAGUCACAGGAUCCGCCAGGGUGACGACGGUAUAGGAGAGUGGGGACGAUCCCCCUAAAUGAAGCGCAUAAGUUCUGUAAUAAUCGCCUCCUCUCUUCGUUCCAAGCUAGUCAUUGUACAUUCGCUUGCUUCUAUAUGUUUGCCCACGUACAUUCGUCACAUGUGAUAUGCAUUUUAUGAGUAGAUAAUUUUAAUCAUUUUCUUUUGUCUCGUUGUACGGCGUCGAGACGCGCGUACAGAUCCUUCAGCAUUUUAUGCGGAAUAAAAAGAAUAGUCAUAUGAUAAUACUAUCCAUGAUAUAUUGUGUAUGCAUAAGCAUCGCGAUGCCAAUUUCUUCGAUACCGGCAAAAACCGUGUGAAAUAUUAGCGGGAAAUCCUAAGACCAUUCCUGUGUCCAUUUUAUCUGUUGUAUAUAUACAUGAUAAUAUAGAAUAAUUCCGAGUUUGAAAGAAAAGAGAACCACAGUCGAAAAUCCAUAGUGCAUAGCGAUGAUUCUGGAUCGGUUAUUUAUUCAAUUUUGUAUAUAUAUAUCGAAAAAAAAAACGCGAGUGAAGAAUGUAGAAAGUUUUAGUAGUACGUGUUUAAAUCUGUGUACGAUGCGCUGGUGAUACAUCGCUGUACAUCUUCGUAUGCGAAUGAGAAAAAACGUGUACGCGGGGAAGAAGACCCGGCAAUCUGUAUUUUGUUUCCAUCAUACUAACCGAUUCUUUCCCUCUCAAACGGAUGCAAAGUCUAAUUACUUUUUGAAGACUGAUAAGUAGGGCAAUGAAGAUCUGGAAUAAGCUCGAGCAUCUUCGACCGAAGCUUAAUCGUAACGAGGUAGUACCGUUUGUAUCGACUGUGUGAACGUAGAGCGGUCUAAAGUAGUUCGCUAAAACUGGGAUUAUAAUAACAAGAUAAAAAAUUUUAUAAGCAUUAUCUUAAGUUUCUAGUCUACAGGUAAUACAUUCUAUUUUCAUCACGUAUACUAUAUCGCGGAUAUUCGUUUCGUUUCUGAGUGACUUUAUUAAAUGGACAUAUUGUUAUUUCUUCGAGGAUAAAUAUAUGAAAAAGGUGUACAGAUCACACACAUAUCUGUACAACUAGAUUAUUCAUAGGUUUUUGAAAUCAAAAAGAUACUAUACCUUUAUUAUUUAAUAUUGUUUUGUCUUUCAAUCGGAGACUUUGAUAUAGACGUGUAAAAUAUUUUUCUUUUUUUUUUUAAUUUUCUUAAUUUUCUUUAUCGUGUCAAUUUUCCUUCUGCGGGAAUCGUUGUCGAAUUCUUAUUGGAAGGAGAGAUUAUUUGGCAUGUGAAUCAGAAGUAUAUAUUUAAUUUUUAAUUAAGAAGUUUUUUCUGUAAAAAGUUUUGCCCUGUUCCAGUUCGAGUUAAUUAGAUUUAACCCCGCCAACUUGGAAUCAUAUCAGGGUAUCUUUGCGUUGUUUCUUAAAACAUUUGGUCUGUACACCAUGAGAUUAUUGUAAUUUUUUAUAACGUUAUUUCCAUUCUAGGUUUUAAGAACUCUUGUUUUGUGCUUUAAAUUCGGCAAAUAUCUAUAGUUUGUAAAUUACUUGCAGUACAAUAAAAUUUAUAGCUAAGAAUAUCCCCUUUUUUAUCGUAAACUCUGAAGAGAUAUGUCAUCGAUUGUCUGCAACUAUUAAAGAAUAAACAAUGUAGCACAAAUAAAAAAUAUUUAUUAUCCUUACA